UCCCUGCGUCCUUGCACGACUCCCGCGCUUCUUCUCCCCCCGCACGCAGCUCCCGCGCUUCUCCUCUUCCUCCCGCGCUCGUAAAAUUGCAUACCUAUAUGACAUGGAUCUCAAAUCGCUCCAUAUUCUCUCCCUCAUCCGCCGGCCGUCGAAUCGACAGCCACCUCGACCACAGCCACGCUCCACAUCCACCUUGUAUAAUCCCCCUCCGCGCGCGCGAGAUAGAUUUCUGCCUAAAUCCCUAGUUCCCCACCUCCACCUCCAACACCAUGUCCAUCCGCUUGAAGAGGAAGUUGGUGCCGCCUCCUCAGGCCGUUGCGAGCUCUACAAAUCCUCUAGCUGUUCCUCCGCCGCAAGUAGCGCCGUAUCCAUAUGGUCUAUGGUUUCCACCGCCGUCAACACCUUGGCUUGCUUCUCCGCAGUCACACGCCAUGUCUGGCUCUCCUGCUUUCCCUCCUCCCGCGGCCGGCAAGAUUGAUGCGCACAGUGACUUUGAAGAAUGACACAACUUGAUCAACAUUUGCACCUUAUGCGUUCUAUAAGGGGGGUUGAAUCUCGUCCACCCGGCGGUUUCGUUAAUUUUAUCAAUACCCCAUCAAACCAUAUACAUCAUGUGGCCGAGGGGAGUCUAUCAGAACCCAUCAAUGUUGACAAUGGAGAUGUUUCUAGGACUGAGAAACGCUUGUCUUGGAUGAAGGAUGAAGACUUGAGAUUGGAACAUGUUCUACUGUGGAAUUCAUGGUGCUGCACUUCUUACAGCAAGAUGAUGGUAUUUCAGGCAAUGGUCGUAUGAUGCAAUGGUUCAAUCAUGGGUCGUACGUACACGACAGAUGAAGAAAUCGUUAUCUCAUCUAUUCGAAAUCAUAUUUAUGUAUUUUGCUUAAUGUCACAUUGUUUGUGUGACUUUUGGAUCUGUAAACCAUUAAGUACGUUUUGCUUUAUCCUCUGUUACCUUGUCGGUUAUUUAAUCUUGCACUACUAUGUCUUUCUAUUUAGAC